GAAGGCCAUCCUGGAUGGCUACCUGGUGGGGCACCUCGCCAAAGGCGCUCGGAGCACCUGCGCCACGGGGUGGAAACAGUGGGUGCGCUUCAUGAAGGCCUGGGGCCCAGCCCCGCACAGUGCCUGGCUCGGACGCGGAGGAAGGAGGGGUGAUGAGGACAUCUGCGUCGACUACGUGGUGCAGUUGGCCCACUACCAGGAGAGGACGGAGGGGGCCAUCCGCAACGGGCUGAUGGCCGCGCGGUGCUUCCACAUCGUGGCCGGGUGCCUGGGGCUAGCCUGGCUGUGGAAGCGCUUCGCCAUGGGAGAACUGGCGGACGCGGGCGGCAAG